AUGAGUAAAAUUAAAAUUAUUAAACUUAUUGAAAAUAUUUGUAGAAUUAAAACCAAAAAGUUUAAAUGGCAAUUUUGUAUACGGCAAGACAUGUCCUCAGCAAGCAGCACUAAGCUUUCCAAAACAGACUCCUGCUCCACAGCAACCAAAUCAAGCAAUUCAUGAAUCCCGCACCUUUUCUCAGUCUUUGCUCUUUCAAGUGGACACAAUUCACCGCUGCAAUGCGAACAAAAUAUUUUUGUUUAG